AGCGAGCAGCAUACGUUCGAUUUGUAUUCGUGGUUUCCGUAUCGGAAACCAUCGAGUGAUUGUGGAAAGUUGCGUCAAGCAGUUCUGGUCGACAAAUGUGUGGCGAAUAGAGAAUAUUUACUGCGAAAUGCCGCUUUAUUCUCUUCAGAGGUGCCAACUGACUUGGGUGGUUGCCCUAUAAGUGUUUCGACAUUCCCAUUAGAUCCCUUCGUGAUGUUAGGCAGCGAUAAGGAGGAAGAAAUGGACGAAACUGAGGUCAGGUAUACCGAGGGUUUGGACAUACGCCUUCUUCACUUCAUGGCAAAAUGUCUAAACGCAUCUGUGAAGUUCGUGCCGCCACCAAUUGGAGUCCGGAACGAUGCGAACAACACCUGGGGAGGAGUAGCGGGUGACGUCAUCGGCCGAAGGGCAGACAUCGGUAUGGGCGCAACUUCGUACAUCUACUCGAUAGUGAGAGACCUGGACUUCACUGUUCCCUACGACGUCCUGGAGGUCGUCUGGGCUGUCCCAAGAGCUAAAGCCCGUCCGCGAUGGGGCAGCAUCACGAGAGUGUUCCAUCUGCCAAUGUGGUUGCUCCUGAUGGGCGUCAUGGUCGUGGCUGCUGGGGCCAUGCUUUGCCUGUCCAAAUACAAGGCGAAGUAUCAACAAGGACGGUCCGAGUACACAACUCUGUCCGGAUGCCUGUCCAGUGCUUGGGCGGCCAUGUUGGGAGUUGGUGUUCCUGUGCAACCACGCAGUGGACCAUUGAGGAUCAUCUUCAUCGCGUGGGUGAUACAUAGCCUUGCAGUAAGCACAGUGUUCCAGGCGUUCAUGACCAGCUUCCUGGUGGAUCCUGGGCUUGAGAAGCAGAUCAUGAAUGUGGAAGACUUGCUUACUUCGGGAUUCCAUUACGGCGUGCAUAAAAUAUUCUUCGGCUAUUUGUUUUUCCUCCAAAUAAAGCAAAGAGAUGUGAUGCUGCCUAACACGGACAUUUGCGUUAAAGUCGAAGAAUGCGCACAGAAAGUAGCAGACGAAGGAAAUUACGCAACCAUUUUGAACAGCAUCACCGCUGAAUAUCUGAACACGUACAAAACCUCGGACAACAAUGGCGUCGGAAAACUCUACAUGUUGGAGGAAAAACUCUCGACAAAUUUCCAAGUAUUUAUUCUUCCGAGAGGCAGCGAAUUUCUGGGAACUUUCAACCGUCUGGUGACCGUAGCAAAUGAGGCAGGGUUGGUAACGCACUUCUGGAAAGAAAUGUUGACAACCAACAAGAUCAAAGCCCGAUCCAUCACAGAACCAGUAGGAGAUGGCUAUGAAGUGUACACGAUCAUCCACCUUCAGAGCGCCUUCUAUCUGCUGCUUCUGGGGUACUGCACCGCCUUCUGCGUGUUUUUCGCGGAGAUCAUCCAUCAGAAAUGGCGGACGAGAAGACGUCGCCAAAAUAAGAUCAGAUUUCUAGAACGCAGGGUGCGGCGGUGUCUGCGCAGAAGGAGGGUCGCAUGGUGAUGGUGGUCUUGUUGGUUCUGACGACGCGUGGAUACAAGUUGUAAAGGCGAAGGAAUUGUCACAAUGGAUCGUAAUCGGAUUAUUGCUAUGUGGUUUUUGCACCGUCGUCGAAAGAAAUCGAAGCGUGGUAAUAGGAUGUAUUGGGUCCAUCCAUUCAAUCAAAGGAGCGUUGGAGUUGGUGUAUUUUACACGUUAUUUGAAGAAUUUCGAAGAGAUGAAAACAAGUUUUUUAACUAUUUCCGUAUGUCCAUUUCCUCAUUUGACGAACUGCUUGGCCGAUUGAAAUGUAGCCUUCAGCGUCAGAAUACAAAAAUUAGAAAGUGCAUUCAACCUGUGGAAAUGUUAGCUGUGACAAUUAGAAGCUGUAGACAGCGCCGGGGACAGAUUUUCCGACGGUCUGUAGGAACGAGGAGUUGAUGAAGUC